CCUGCUCACCAGCCCUCAAUCAUUAACCACCAACUUCAUCAUCUAUUUAUCCCUGCUUCCCGCUCCCUUCCAUUUCCAUCAUCCUCCAAGCUAGCUCCAUCCCAUGGCGAAGCCACUGAAACCAAAGAGAAACAAAUAUGCCAUUUUGUGUGCCGCUCUUGCUUCCAUGAACUCAAUCAUCUUAGGCUAUGAUGUUGCAGUGAUCAGUGGAGCUGCACUCUUCAUCAAAGAUGAUCUAAAGAUAGAUGACACAAAGCUAGAAAUCCUAGCAGGGAUCAUCAACAUCUACUCACUCAUCGGCUCACUCGCCGCCGGCAGGACUUCAGACUGGAUAGGUCGGAGAUACACUAUAGUAUUAGCAUCGGCCAUCUUUUUCACAGGAGCUCUAAUCAUGGGUCUUGCUCCAAACUACGCCCUCCUCAUGGUCGGCCGUUUCAUCGCCGGCAUCGGUGUUGGUUAUGGUCUCAUGAUAGCUCCAGUUUACACUGCUGAAGUCUCACCAACUUCAGCUCGUGGUUUCCUAACCUCCUUCCCUGAAGUCUUCAUCAACUUUGGCAUUCUCCUUGGUUAUAUCUCCAACUUCGCCUAUGCUAAUCUCCCUGAACAUCUUGCAUGGAGAAUGAUGUUCUUAACAGGCGCAAUACCACCCAUUUUCCUCGGCGUUGGCGUGCUCGCCAUGCCGGAAUCUCCACGGUGGCUUGUCAUGCAAGGCCGUUUAGGCGAAGCCGGUCGUGUGCUAGGCAGAACAUCAGACACACCGGAAGAAGCCAAGCUCCGGCUUGCCGAGAUCAAAGAAGCAGCCGGAAUACCUGAGAGCUGCACCGAGGAAGUGGUGGAGGUGCCGAAAAGCAAGAGUAGUGGGGAGGGAGUUUGGAAAGAACUCUUGAUAUCUCCAACGCCUUCUGUCCGGCGUAUACUCGUCGCCGGCAUUGGCCUGCAGUUCUUCCAGCAAGCCUCUGGUAUCGACUCCGUCGUGCUCUAUGGACCCCGGGUGUUCGAAAAAGCCGGCUUUCAAACACAGUCAAGAACUAAGCUCUUAGCUGCCACCGUCUCUAUAGGUUUUACUAAAACUAUAUUCAUAUUAGUAGCAACGUUCCUUCUUGAUCGAGUUGGCCGGAGGCCAUUGUUGCUUACUAGUGCUGGUGGAAUGGUUGUUUCCCUCACAAUGCUCGCCACCGGGUUGUUUGUGAUAGACCAUCACACUGAGAAGCUGCCAUGGGCUGUGGGGCUAUGCGUUAGCAUGGUUUUGUGUUUCGUGGCCUUCUUCUCCAUCGGUCUUGGACCCAUCGCUUGGGUUUAUAGCUCGGAGAUCUUUCCCUUAAGGCUGAGAGCUCAAGGAACCAGCAUGGGAACAGCCACAAAUAGAAUAAUGAGUGGAGUUAUCACAAUGACCUUUAUAUCUCUUUACAAAGCGAUCACCAUUGCCGGGAGCUUCUAUCUCUACGCCGGUGUUGCGACGGCAGGAUGGCUGUUUUUCUAUACUUUCUUGCCGGAGACGAAGGGAAGGAGCUUGGAGGAGGUGGGGGAGCUGUUUGGUGGUAAGAGGUUGGAGAGAAAGGCAGAAGCUGAGCUUGUUCAUGGUGAUGUAGUUGAAGAACCAGUGAAGAAGAGUGUUCAACCAGUUUGAAAAAUUGUAUUUUUUUUUUUUUUUUUUAUUAGUUCUCUCAUAACUUUGCCAGUUUGAGAUUGUUUGAAAGUCUUUGUCUUGCCUUUUAUAAUUGCCUGGCAAGUACAUACCAUCUUCAUGACCAAACAAUAUGGAACGCAAGAAGAGAACAAAAUACUUUGUUUAAUGUA